AUGUUUUUAGUGAAUUAUAGUAGUACGUCAGAAUCGGAAACUGAAGAAAAUGGAAAAGAGGAUCAUAGUCAGCAAUUAGAAAAGAAAAAAGUAAUCCUUCCCAAAGCAUCAACAUUACUUGGUAAACGAAAAUUGCCUUCACCGGAUGAUCAAGUCAUAGACGAUCCCUCACAACACGAAGGACGUAUACGAAGUUUUAAACAUGAACGAGGUAAUUGGGCCACAUAUGUUUUUGUGGCAACACCAAAACAACUGCUAGAAGAUGUACAAGAAAUGUGCCUCAAGCAGCUGGACACUAAAUAUGAUUUUAAAAUAUGCACUGAUCCGCAUAUUAGUUUAAGUCGAACGGUUAUUUUACAAUAUCAUUUUAUUGAAUCGUUUGUAAAAAAUCUCGAAGAAGAGUUGACGGCAAAUGGGAGAUUUACUAUAUCUCUGAGCCAACUGAAAGCCUAUACAAAUGCGGAACGCACACGUACCUUUGUGGCCAUUAAAGUCGAUGAUAUUCAUUUGGAAAAAAUGCUUGAAAUUUUAAAGAAAGUGGAUCAGGUUAUGCUGAAUUUUAAAUUGGCAACAUUUUAUGAGGAUCCCUCAUUCCACAUUAGUAUAUUAUGGUGCCUUGGAGAUUAUGUCGAUGAAAUAACAAAACAAUUACCUGAUAUUCUUCAUAGCAUACGAGAAUUACUACCAAUAGAAUUACGAAUUGAAAAACUAUAUUGUAAAAGUGGUUUUAAAGAAUUUAGUUUUGAUCUAAAAUAA